AUGAGUUUUAUAGUUAAUAACGAAUCGUAUAUAUAUAAUAAAACAUCAAAUUUUAAUCGUUUAAUUGAACGAAUUCGACAAUGUAUUCGCGAACGUGAAAUGGCAAAAGAACAACAACAACAACAACAACAGUGUAUAAAAAUUUCUUCAAUUCUUCAUUAUAUUGAACAUAUAAAACGAUGUAUUUAUGAAAAUCCAUUAAUUGGUCGAGUACUUUUUCAGUUUUAUAAUACAAUAAAACAUUUUCCUUCACAAAAUAAUCGAUUUCCUUCGGCAAUUACAUUCGAAAAUAAUGAAUCAAAAAUGAAUUUAGACGAUAAAACUUCCAUUAAUAAUUUAUCUACAGUUAGUAGUCUAAUUGAAACAAAAUCAGAUCUAUCAAAAAAAAAUUUAACAAUUUCACAAUCAACGGAAUUAAAUAAUUUACAAACAAUAAAAUCUACUACUCAUUUUAUUCAACCAUUUCGAAUGUCUCGUCAAAUUGGUGGUUUAAUGACAAAAGCAACAUUAUCAGCAAUUACUAAGGCACCACGCCAACGUACUACACAUGAUAUUGAAGUUCUAGAACAUCUAUUGAACCGUUGUGAGAGUCUUCGUCAUUUACCUACGAAUGUUCGUCGUUAUGCUGCUCGUUCACUUUUACUUUUUACUUAUCAACCAAAUACAAUCCUCACUCGGCAAAAUUUUCCUUCAUUUCUUGUUUAUAUAAUUGUUUAUGAUUUUUUUUUUAUUACAUGUCAAUGUAUCUUAUUACUCGAAACGAAUCAAACAACAGUAUUUGGUCAUCGAUUAAAUAUUGGUGAUGUAUAUGGAGAUGAUUCUCUUCAAUUAAUAAAUUAUUAUCAUAUAAAUGGUUUAAUAACAAAUGAAAUAAAUUAUUGUAAUUUAAUAGGAUUUUUUUCAAGAGAUAUUAGAGCUUAUGAAAAUUAUUUAUCUGAUAUAAUGAAAAAAUCAUUACUUGAACAAUUUCGAAUACAAUCAAUAUUUAGUAGUAUUCAAUGGCGAAAUGAUAUUUUGAAUUAUAUUUUAAAAUGGUCUAGUUAUAAACAAUAUUCAAUUGAUGAAAUUAUUUAUGGAAAUGAAGAAUAUGAACAUGAAAAUUUAUAUUUUAUUUUACAUGGUCAAAUUUCUUUUGUACGUCUACUUGAUUUUCCAUCCAUUAUAAUUAAACAUCCAGAAUACAGUCAAUAUUAUCAGAAAUUAAAUAAUAAAAAGAAUAAUAAAGCAAAAAUUAAACAGAUAAAUACAACAGGUAUCAAUCAAUAUCAUCCAAGUAAUGAUAACGAUUCAAUAUUGAAUUCAUUAAAUGAUUCCAUGAAUAUUAGUAAUUGUUCUUCAUUAACAGCUUUAAAUCUUUCAGUAAUCAUAUCAAAUUCAAAUUUAGAAAAUAAAUCAAAUCUUCAACAAAAUUCAAAACUAAAAACUACAUGGCGUUUUCUUGAAAUAUUUAUUCUUUCAAAUGGACAUUAUUUUGGAUUUGAAUCAACAACAAUUCAUUCAUGGUAUCUCACUCGUAGUAUAGUCGAUAUUAUUUCAAUUCCAAAAAAUCGUUUUAAAGAACUUGGUUCUUUUGCUCCAAUGAUAUUUGAAAAACUUCGUGAAGAUUUUCUUGAUAUAUUUCCAAAUGAAAUUUUUAUACGUAAUUCAUAUAUAAAAUAUCUUCAAACAAAUAAAUUAAAUGAAAAUGAAAUUUCAAUAAUCAAAUUUAUAUAA